CAGUGUUAAUGAUUGUCCUCAUCUUGAUCCUGGCAGAGUGUCCAAACACAAAGAAAAGCAGACUAUUAUAAAGAUGGCAUUUAUUAAAGAGGAGAGUGAAGACGUGAAGAUUGAAGAAACUUUCACAGUCAAACAUGAAGAUCCUGAGGAACAAACAGACCUAACAGAGCUGAAAGAGGAGAGUCAAGAACUGGAUAAUGUGGAAGAAGAAGAUCAAAUAAGCACAGAAGAGCAUAAGCUCCUGACUGGAGGAAAAUCUGAACAGACUGAAAAGACGUCUGCAGGAAAAAGAUCUAAGAAACUCAUUUGUAAUAAGUCUUUCACCUGCCAUCAAUGUAGAAAGAGUUUCACACAAAAACAAGACAUGAAAGUCCACAUGAGAGUUCACACAGGAGAGAAGCCUUUCACCUGCCAACAAUGUGGACAGGGUUUUACUCAAAAAGGAAACCUCAGUGCCCACAUGAGGGCUCACAAUGGAGAGAAGCCGUUCACUUGCACCCAGUGCGGACAGGGAUUUACACGUAAAGAAAUCCUGAACGGACACAUGAGAAUUCACACUGGAGAGAAGCCUUUCACCUGCCAACAGUGUGGACAGAGCUUUACGCAAAGAGGAAACCUCACAGCCCACAUGAGAGGUCACAAUAAAGUAAAGCCUUUUUCUUGCACCGAGUGUGGACAGGGAUUCACACAAAAAGGAAACCUUAAAGCCCACAUGAGAGCUCACAGUGGAGAGAAGCCUUUCGACUGCAGUCUUUGUGGACAGAGUUUUGCACGUAAAGAAAUCCUUAAUGCCCACUUAAGAGUUCACACCGGAGAGAAGCCUUACAUUUGCACAAAGUGCGGACAGAGUUUUACUCAAAAAGGAAACCUGAAUUCCCACAUGAGACGCCACAAUGGAGAGAAGCCUCACACUUGCAGUCAGUGUGGACAGAGUUUCACACGUAAAGAAGUCCUUACUUCCCACAUGCGAAUUCACACCGGAGAAAAGCCCUAUACAUGCACUGAAUGUGGACAUAGUUUUGCACAAAAAGGAAAUUACAAUACCCACAUGAGAGGUCACAGAGGAGAGAAGCCUCACACUUGCACUCAGUGUGGACGGGGUUUUACACGUAACGAAGUUCUUAUCGCCCACAUGAGAGUUCACACUGGAGAGAAGCCUUUCACAUGCCAACAGUGUGGACAGAGUUUUACACAAAGAGGUAACCUAGAAGGCCACAUGAGAAGUCAUGGUGCAGAGAAACCUUUCAUAUGCACUCAGUGUGGACAAAGUUUUACUCAAAAGGGAAACCUGAAUGCCCACAUGAGAGCUCACAAUGGAGAAAAGCCCUUCACUUGUACUCAAUGUGGACAGAAUUUUACACGUAAAGAAAUACUUAACUCCCACAUGAGAAUUCACACUGGAGAAAAGCCGUACACCUGCAGUCAUUGUGGACAGAGAUUUAGGCAAAGAGGAAACCUGACAGCCCAUUUGAGAAUACACAAUGGCGAUAAGCCGUUCGCGUGUACUCAGUGUGAACAGAGUUUUACGCGUAAAGAAAUACUUAUUGCCCACAUAAGAGUUCACACUGGAGAGAAACCUUUCUCGUGCCAGCAGUGUGGACAGAGUUUUACACAAAAGGGAAAUCUGAAUGCCCACAUGAGAUGUCACAAUGGAGAGAAGCCGUUCGCUUGCAGUCACUGUGAACAAAGUUUUUCACGCAAAGAAACACUUGAUGGUCACAUGAGAGUUCACACUGGAGAGAAGCCUUUCGUCUGCCAACAGUGUGGACAGAGUUUUAAACUAAAAGGAAACCUCCGAGUCCACAUGAGAUGUCACAAUGGAGAGAAGCCGUUCGCUUGCACUCAGUGUGAACAAAGUUUUUCACGCAAAGAAACACUUGAUUGUCACACGAGAGUUCACACAGGAGAGAAACCUUUCACCUGCCAACAGUGUGGACAGAGUUUUAAACAAAAAAGAAGCCUUCGAGUCCAUAUGAGAGAUCACACUGGAGAAAAGCCGUUCGGUUGCGAACUGUGUGAGAUGAGUUUCUCACGGAAAAAGUGUCUUGAGACUCACAUGAAAAGUCACACUGGCGAAGAGCCAUUCAUAUGCGGUCAGUGUGGAAAGAGUUUGAAAAGUAAAGUAAACCUUUUCCAGCACAUGAGGAUUCACUCUGCUGAUGACUGCGUUAUAUGUUAUGAGUGUGGGAUGAGUUUCAAAGACAGGAUAGAACUUAAAAAUCAUGUAAAAAUUCACAUAGGACAGAAGUCUUUCAUGUGCGUCAACUGUGGUAAAGCUUGCCUAAACAACUCAAUCCUUGAAGUUCACAUGAGGGUUCACACUGGAGAGAAGCCUUUCACCUGUCAGCAGUGUGGAAAGUGUUUCACUCAGAAGCAAAACUUUAAAGUUCACUUGCGAGUUCACACUGGAGAGAAACCUUUCGCGUGUCUUCAGUGUGAGACGAGUUUCAUGUAUCAAAGAGACCUGAAACGUCAUAUGCAAACUCACUGUGGAACUCAAUUGUAGCGCCUCCCCAAAAGUGGUAUAGAGGUGUUGCAAGAUAUAGUUUCAGAAAAAUGUACUCUGGAGUAAAAUAAUUUUAUUUUAUAAGCCUAUUUAAAAAGUUUCAUCACAAAGACAUGAUCAUGCAUCAGAAAAAUCAUGCAGAUGUGGGACUAUUGUAUUCUGAUUGUUUUUAAGCUGUUUAAAUCCAAGUACAACUUUGGAGGCUUUUUUGUUGAAUAUGUUUUAAUCUUUAUAGGCAAUGAAAUCUCUACUCAUUCUUCUUUACAUUACUGCCAAUGACAUUGAGGAUUCAGUUGGCGUAUCUUUAGCCAGAUUGUUGGCAUCUGGAGCAGAAGUCAGCUCAAGAUUAGCAUCGGUUAAAUUUCAGCAACAGCGGAUUAUUUAGGAUUGUUUUAUUUGGGUCUACCCACCUUAACCUCUGCACUAGCACCAAGCUGUGAAGUAGUGAUGGGAGGUUCAGAUCAUUUUACUGACUCGGAUCUUUGACUCCCGUUCAUCGAGAUAAACAAAUCUUUUUCCGAGUCAUUUCGUUCAUUUUGCCAAAAUAUAAUUAAUAUGUCACGAGUUGCUUCCAAACACAUCCAACUAGCCCAAAGGUUGAUCACGCUACAAACAAGUCAUAACUAGAAUGCUAUAAGCAAGAGAAAAUAAUCAUUCAUUGUUUACCUGGUGUUUUGUCUAUGAUUGUAUUUUGUCUCUUUGCUCAGCUCACUUCUUCAUGUCUUCAAAUUUGAGUGUUUUUUUCUUGUGACACUGACAAUC